AUGAAUGCUUUGAUGGCCAUUAUCUAAUGGUUUAGAAAUGUGAGCCAUGCUAUCAAAAUUGUUUUAUGUAAUGAAUUAUCUGAAAAAUUCAUUACUUGUAGAUCCAAUUGUGAAAUCAAUUAUAAUUGGAUCGACAAGUAACAGUAAAGUUGGAUACUAUGA